CUCCCUCCUCUCCUGUCUCGGGGGCUUGUUGCGUCAAGGCUGCGGCUGGGAUGUAACUGGAGGUCCGGCCGGUUACCGGGAGUCUUUGCCUCCGAGCGAGGGCCGACACUAAACGGUGCAGCAAGGCAGCGCACGCGUGCUAUGACAGUGCGCGUGACAGUACAUGUGAAUUUGUUGAGCCGUGUGUGAGCAGGAGAGCCAACGGUCAAAGAGUAAUAAAUCAGCACCAGUUCACCUAGUUCAGCCAAUGUAGCAGCUUAGUGCACAGGACCGGACAGAGUCAGAGAGGAAACGGCGACGAAAGGAGGCCAGACCGGGAAAAGGAGCGCCUAUGACAGCCUCCCUGGUCCUAAACCCUCGCUGGCCAGCGGAAACGGUAAUGUUUGUGUAUGACAACAACCUGGACGACCUGAACAAGAACAUGGAGGGGCUGGUGGGCAGCGGAAACUUCGCCGCUAGCCAGUGCCGCAAUAUUAUGGCGCACUCGGCAGCCGCCGCUGCUCUGGGCCACCCAUCCGGCCUGGUGCACUCUUCGGCUGGCUACUCCACAGUGGACGUGUCCGCUUCAGGCUCUAGCGAGACAGGCGCGUCUUCGGGGAAGCAGUGCGCGGCUGGACCGUGUCCAGCGGCUGCCGUGCCGCACCAGAGCUCUUCUGCCGCCACCGCGUUACCAUACAGCUACUUUGGUAACAGCUACUACCAGUGCAGGAUGGGGCGGGGUUCUCUGAAGUCUUGCACCCAGGCGGCCGGAGCCGCGCUGAGCUCACAGUAUAUGGACACGACUGUGAGCUCUGACGAAUACUCGAACCACCGGGCCAAAGAGUUCGCCUUUUACCACGGCUACCCGAGCCCGUACCAGUCCAUGGCCAGCUACCUGGACGUGUCGGUGGUCCAAACGUUGGGCACCGGGGAGCCGCGCCAUGACACCCUGCUCCCCAUGGACAGCUACCAGCCCUGGGCUCUGACUAACGGCUGGGGGGGACAGAUGUACUGCUCCAAGGAUCAGGGACAGGCCGGACACCUCUGGAAGUCCGCGCUGGCUGUGGUGGCGCACCAGCACGACAGCUCGCCUUUCCGCCGAGGCAGGAAGAAGCGGAUACCGUACACUAAGCUCCAGCUCAAAGAACUGGAGAAAGAGUAUGCUGCCAACAAAUUCAUCACCAAGGACAAGAGGAGGAAGAUCUCCGCCGCGACCAACCUGUCGGAGCGCCAGAUCACCAUCUGGUUCCAGAACAGGAGGGUGAAGGAGAAGAAGUUCGUGGCCAAAGUGAAGAGCAGCGCGCCCUAGCAUACGGGUUCCUGCGCUUUGGACGAUUUAGUGAAGGGACAUGGUGUAUUUGCGUGUUAUACAUUAAGAAUGAACUCAGAGAAAUUACAAAAAAUGAGGAAACUGGUAUACUCCUGACGUACUGGGACUAUGCGUACGAGUGUGCGUCAACAAAUGGAAGAAAAAGACCAAUAAAAAAGGACAUAAAGGGCAAAAUAAGGUUUAAAAAAGCCCUCUGAGAAACCUUCUCAACAGAGGCAUCCUGUAAUGCAAAACCUUUCUGCCUGCUUUGAUGUAACUGUCUGUCUAUAGUCUGUGUUUUACUGUUUGUCAGUGUUGUCUGUGCCCUGCUUAUAGCCGAAAACACACUAUUAUGCUGUCCAUAUUGUUUAUAACGCCUGUAAACCAGUAAUCAAACUAUAGUGCAACACUUAAUAAAUUCUUUUAAUCCCGAUUUAGUCUCCAGUAGGUUUUAUAUAUUUAAAUACAUCAAUAUGUAAACUGGCAACUUCUGGUCGUCCCCUCCGCUAAACUAUACCCGUACAAUGUGCAAACAAAUCCGCAUUUAGUUCAUAUCAAAGGCUGAAAGUCGACACCCGCAAUCUGGACAAAGGAGGAUUCAGACUCCCCAUGCAGACUAAAAGUGUUUAUGAGACUGUAAAUUGAUAUUUAGAUCAGGCCUCCCUCUGGAGCAUCACCACAACAAUGCUAUCCAUUUCCUACUGUCAUUUCACAGGCCUGUAUAGACCCGUGUGAGAAAAAAUAAAUAAACUUCCCACUUCCCAAGUA